ACAGCAGGCUUUACAUGAACCAGACCAGUGGCUUUAUAUUCACGGGGCUGCCUGAGGAAUGUAAACUAUUUAUCAUGGAGACAGCAGUUGAUAAACUGGAGGCGAUGUUCCAGAAGGCAGAGGCUGACAUGGAGUACAUGGAGAAACGGCUGAGGCUGGAAUUCCUGACAAGUGCUCCAGAGAACGGUGCAGCAGAGGAAAACCCUGUGAAGCUGCUGGAGAACCUGUCUGCCAUCAAGGUGAGGCAUGCGGCCUUGUGCGCACAAGUGCAGGAGAUUGCAGCCGAGCAGAAGCAGUCAAUGGACUCUAUUCGAGCACACCUCGAUACCACUGUGCAGCUGGUGCAACAGUUACAGCAGACUGCUGACGUAGAGAUUCCACCACUGACUGAGACAGAGCAGGAGUCUGCAGAGUUCCUUGGUUUAUCAGUCAAUCAAAACACAGCAGAGGUACUGAUGUCUAUGGAGCCUUCAGCACAAGAGCAGCCUCAGUCCUCGAAGGAGGGUGAGUUUGAGGAGCUGAGUGAAGCCACACUGGAGGCAGUGCCGCGCAGCGUGCGCUCCAACGUCAAGCUGGCCGACCUCAAUGCCUUCUACAAGCAGCUGCAUGAGCACUUCUCCCUAAAAAAAAACAGUGGUGCCCUCAGUUUGCAGAAGAUGAAGCAGAUGAACAUGAAAGUUAGCGACGCCAAGCUGAAGACGUUGCAGCAUCUCUGUGUCAUUGAGCUGGACAAGAAAGGGCACGUUUGCCUGCUAAUAUGAGUGAGGAACUGGCACUGUUUAAGAUAUUAGACCCAACAGCACGUAGUGAAAGUGACUGAUUCUGCCCAUCUCUCCUUGUCUAGUCAUGUUAGCCUCAUUGAAGGGUUCUCUGUUGAAUCCUCAUGCCUUCAUAUGCUGUGGAUUGAUUUAUUUUGCUAGUUAUUUUUUAAAUGACACCACAAUGGAACCAACUCACCACAAUGUUUGAGGUGCUGUAAGUGGAAGGCGGCGGGCCGUAUUGUAAAUUAGAGCUACUAUUUUUGUAAUGACCACAGCUUAAUAUUUGAUCAUAUUGAGGGUAUUUUGACUGAUGUGGCUAAUGCAUUUCACCUGUAAAUAUGUUAUUAACGAUUUGAAUUCGCCUGAUUACUUUCCAACUGUACAUCUUGUCUAGUGCGUCAAUGUAUUUUGAUCCUUCAUUAAAAUGACAUAUUUCCUCUG